AUGUACAAGUAUCGCAAGAUAUGGCAAGCGUCUACUUCUCUGGAGUCCAAAGUGGUCGCUUUGAGCUUUGAUGGCGUUUACCGGCACAGUCGCGUGCUGGUGAACGGCACAGACGUCGGCGGUUGUCUUGCGGGCUGGACCAAGUUUGAAAUUCGCGUAGACUCUUACCUGAAGCUCGGCGAGAGGAACACCAUCGAAGUACAUGCCGAUAACACUGGAGCCGGAAUUCAUCGCAGCGUUCAUCUCAUGGUUCGAAACCACAAUCUUCUUUGCAAGGACGGGAUCAGGCUGGCAACGCUUUCCGCCAGCGGAGUUGCUCUUCUCACAUUCGAGGUUUUACUCGACAACGAAAAGAAGGAUGACGUUGAAGUAUCUCUCGAGCUUGCGAGACGAGGAAGGAACGCGAUCCAGUGGAGAACGAAAACGAAAACUUCUGAAUUGAAGCAAAACUUCGAGAUAUCGAACCCAGAUCUGUGGUCGGUUGAGACCCCGAAUCUCUACGACUGCACUGUCGUCAUCAACGGCGAUCUCUAUAAGUUCAAGUACGGUCUGCGCACUCUGGAGUUGAAACCUGGUCAUGGAUUCUUGGUUAAUGGCCAGGCUGUGAAUUUGCGUGGUGGUUGCAUACACGCAGACAACGGUAUCCUCGGCGCAGCAUCGUUCAAAGCUGCUGAACUACGACGCGUGUCGAUCAUGAAGAAGAAUGGCUUCAAUGCUAUUCAAGUUCUUCUACAAGCAUGUGAUGAGGUAGGCAUGUACGUCAUGGAUGAGUUUGCCGACUACUGGUACCAGGCAAAGUCUAAAUAUGACGAUUCCAACACCUUCAAUGAACGUUGGGAGUACGAAGUCGCUUCUCUUGUAGAACGAGCCCGUAACCACCCUUCAGUUAUUAUGUACUCUUUAGGCAACGAGGUCACUGAGCCAAGUACCGCCUACGGACACACGAUCGCGAAGAAGCUCCUGGAUCUCACGCACAAGCUGGAUCCAUCCCGACCUAACACUAUCGCGGUCAACCUUACGCUGGCCAUGAUGACGUAUUCAAAAAUCCCGCCGGGGGAUCCAAACACUCCUCCUGCAGAUAACAAGGGCGGCCUGGGGGAUUUGACCUCCAGCUCUUUCUUCAACAUCAUCGCUAGCAUGUUUCUCUCAAUCUUGCGGUACAUUCCAAAGUUCAAUCACGCCAAUGUUGUGACCAAUCGACUCUAUUCGUAUAUGGAUGUUGCGGGAUACAAUUAUGGAGACAUCCGGUACCCAUUGGAUGCCAAAUUACACCCAUCAAGGAUGAUGCUCGGUACCGAAACCUUUCCACCUGAUCUUCCCAUGAUCUGGUCCAACGUUGAAAAGAUUCCAAACCUGAUAGGAGACUUCAUGUGGACAGGAUGGGACUACCUUGGCGAGGUAGGCAUUGGUUUGCACGAUUAUGAGGCAAGCAGGUUUACCCCUGUAACAUUGUACAAGCCUUGGCCACAUAUAGUAGGGGGUUGCGGUGCUUUAGACAUCACUGGCGUGCCCAAUGCUUCGGCUUUCGUAGCCCAAGCAUGCUGGAAAUUUUUACCUCAACCCGUAAUUGCGGUACGUCCAUUGGAUGUAUCGAGCUUGUAUUACAAGGCGACGCCCUGGCGAAAUUCCGAUGCGAUCGAGGGCUGGGGCUGGAAGGGUUGUGAGGGCCAGAAGGCUUACAUCGAGGUCAUUACUCAGGAAGAGGAAGCAGAACUUUUCCUAAAUGGCCGCUCGCUUGGGCGCGCAAGUAGCAACCAAGCUAACAGAUACACCGCUAGAUUCUUGACAGCUUACGAGCCUGGCGAACUCCUUGCUGUUGCAUACUCUGGCGGACAGGAGCGUUCGCGCUCCACGCUCCGCUCCGCUAACGUUGCUUCAGUCAAGAUUGUCAACGAGAAGUCCGGUGAACUUGUCGCAGACAGACAAGAUCUAGCGUACCUUGAACUUCAACUCGCUGAUCAGGAUGGAAACAUCGAGAUGAACGACGACGAUGCCCUAACCGUUGAGGUACAUGGAGAUGCCACUCUAGCAGCGCUUGGAUCCGCAUACUAUAAGAAUCUAGGCCACUUUGACAGCAAUGUUCAUAAAACAUGGCGAGGGCGAGCCUUGGCAGUGAUACGUUCCGGCAGCAGCUCUGGAGACGUUGUCGUUACUGUAAGCAGCGUAAGGCAUGGAUCUUCGUCGGUUACAAUUAAGCAGAGAGCUUAG